AUGAUCGACGGGGGCCUGGGGGUUGGCGAAGAAUUGAGGGGCGAGGUCGCCGGAGAAAAAAAUGAGCAGAGGAGCGCCGGAGGAAGAUGCAGCAACAAGGCGGCGGAAACGGAGUCGCGAGCUUUAUAUCGCCACCCGGGAGCAACCUCCACCGGUUGCAUACGACAAAUCGAAGAAUUGAAUCCAUGGGGAGCAUUAGAGGAAGAUAUUGGCUUCAAAUUUGGACAUGUGUGGAGCAUUCUUCAAGGUAUUGAGAAAUUCAACAGUGACAACAUCAAAGCUGCAUCUACGAGAGUGCAACGACAAACUGCUCAAGCUGAUUAUUCUCAAUCAUAUAAUCUCGAGAAAGAUGUUUAUUCACCUUCAUCUCCACAUGUCUCUUCAUUUAAUCUUAACAUCACUAAUUCAGACAGUGGUGAUACUUCAACUAAACGACCUAUUGGGGUGAAUAAAACAAAACUGAAGAGAAAGAAUGAACAACAAUUCAGUAAAAUGGUUUCACAGAAUGACGAACUUGUUGCGGCGUUGGAUCGAAGUGCCAAUGUUGCUAUGUUCAAGGAAGAGAAUAAAAUUUUAUUCAAAGAUUUGAAUACCAUUGUUGAUCCGAUAAUGCGUGAAUUUAUUCGCGGUGAAUAA